AGCCCUGCAGCCCACCACAUACUUCCAAGACAUGCUUUCAAACACACCUUCAGUGUUGUUGUCAUUCGAAGACGUGGCUGUGGACCUCACCCAGGAGGAAUGGCAGCACAUGAACAAUGCUCAGAAAACUCUGUACAAGGAUGUGAUGCUUGAAACCUAUAGCCAUCUGCUGUCCUUGGGGUUCUGCAUUGCAAAGCCUGAUGUGAUCUUCAAGUUGGAACAAGAAUCAGUGCAUCGGACAGGGGAAAACUCUGUAAACCAGGGUGUUCCAGAGUCCUACAAAAAGAAUGAGCCCCUUGAAGCUAAUCAGGAAAGUAAAGAAAUCAUUUUCAGCAAGUGUGGAAAAGCCUUUUGCCACAAGUUAGCUCUCAUUACACAUCAGAGAAUCCACACAAGGGGAAAGCCAUAUGACUGUAGUGAGUGUCCAAAAGCCUUUUGCCAGCAGUCAUCUCUCAUUAAACAUCAAAGAAUCCACACAGGGGAAAAUCUUCAUGAAUGUAGUCAGUGUAAGAAAGCUUUCUGCCAGCGGUCAUCUCUCAUUAAACAUCGGAGAAUCCACACAGGGGAAAAACCUUAUGAAUGUAGUGAGUGUCCAAAAGCCUUUUCUGACCCAUCAUCUCUCAUUAGACAUCAGAGAAUCCACACAGGGGAAAAUCUUUAUGAAUGUAGUGACUGUGGGAAAGGUUUUAACAGGAUAUUAUAUCUAACUGUACAUCAGAGAAUACACACAGGGGAAAAACCUUAUGAAUGUAAAGAGUGUGGGAAAGCCUUUUCCCACAAGUCAGCUCUCAUAAUACAUCAGAAAAUCCACACACGGGAAAAACCCUAUCAGUGCCCUGAGUGUGGGAAAGCAUUUUGUCAGAAAUCAUACCUAAUUAAACAUCGCAAAAUCCACACAGGGGAAAAACCUUAUCAGUGUCCUGAGUGUGGAAAAGCCUUUUUCAGGCCAUAUGAUCUCAUUAUACAUCAGAGAAUCCACACAGGGGAAAAACCUUAUCAAUGUAGUGAGUGUCCAAAAUCCUUUUGUGGUCGCUCAUCUCUUCUUAAACAUCAGAGAAUCCACACAUGGGUAAAACUCUACGAAUGCAGUGAGUGUGGGAAAGCUUUUCACCGGAAAUCAUACCUAAUCACACAUCAGAGGGUCCACACAGGGGAAAAACCUUAUGAAUGUAGUGAGUGUGGGAAAAAUUUUUCCCAGAAAUCAUACCUAAUCACACAUCAGGGAAUCCACACAGGGGAAAAUCCUUAUGAAUGUAGUGUGUGUGGGAAAGUUUUUGGCUGCGAAUCUUACCUAAGCAUACGUCAGAGAAUCCACACAGCAGAGAAACCUUAUGAAUGUAGUGAAUGUAAGAAAUCCUUUUAUAAUAGGUCAGUUCUCAUUUCACAUCAGAGAAUUCACACGGGGGAAAAGCCUUAUGAAUGUAAAGAGUGUGGGAAAGCUUUUGGUCACAAGUCAAACCUGAAGAAACAUGAGAAAAUCCACACAUGAGAAAAACCUUAUGAAUGUAGUGAGUGUGGAAAAACCUUUUCCCACAAGUCAGCCUUCAUUACACAUCAGACAAUUCAUGCAGGGGAAAAACCUUAUGAAUGUAAAGAGUGUGGAAAAGCUUUUGGCCAGAAGUCAUACCUAAACAAACAUCAGAAAAUCCACACAAGAGAAAAACAUGUGCAACAAUUGUGGAAAAGCCUUUUGCCAGCAGUCAUCUCUUGUUAG